AUGGACGGACUUGAUGCUUUUGGAGGCGAUGAGGAUGCUGCUUUGCGCUACGCGAUAGCUUUAUCGUUGCAAGAUGCCGGUAAUUCCUCGUCUAAAAACCCCAUUGAAAUCGACUCCGACGGGGAUGACGAUCUUGACAAAGGACCAAAAUACCCCCCUGUUGCAAAGGAGAUUGAGAAUCAACAUGGACAUCACGAAUCACAAUCUGUCCCAUUGCCUGAAAUAUCAUCAGUCUCUCAGCAAUCUGCCUCCAAGACUCCAAGUAGCUUUAAAGCUCUAGGGUUGGAUAGGAAGAAGAUGGAAGAAGAACGACUAGAGAGGUUAGGGAAGCGAAAAGCCCCUAAUUCAGAGCCCGAAUCUCAGAAUCGCAGGCAAAGGCAAAAACUCGAUACAGAAUCCACAGUUACAGUUAACCCUGCUAAUAAGAGCGAGCUUCAUCUUCCAUAUCCAAAGGGCGUCGUGAAGAAGACGUGGGCGAAGGGCUUUCCUCGCAAAGACGAUAUCAAAAUCGAGGAAGUUCUACAAAAAGAUGAACUCGAACUCGCUGUGAUCAGCUCGUUUCAGUGGGAUGAGCGGUGGAUGUUAUCCAAAAUUGACUACAGAAAGACCAAGAUCGUCUGCAUUGCUUUUGCUUCAAACGAAGCGCAGCAAGAGGAGAUGAAGGCCAACACACCCCCUGGGACGGCCAUCAAGUUCUGUUUCCCGCCCAUGAUGCCAACGGGAAACAUGCACUCAAAGUUGCAGUUGUUAAAAUACCCUAGAUACUUGCGAGUGGUUGUGCCAAGCGGUAAUUUGGUCCCCUAUGACUGGGGUGAGACAGGGGUUAUCGAGAAUAUGGUCUUUCUUAUCGAUCUUCCUCGACUAGGAGAUCCCGGGUCACAGUCAUCUAGUACUCUUGGCUCAUUUGGUGAAGAGCUCUGCUAUUUUCUUCGAGCCCAGGGCCUAGAGGAGAGCUUAGUGGGCAGUCUGAAGAACUACGACUUUUCAGAAGCAGAUCGUUACAGAUUUGUCCACACAAUCGGAGGGUCGCAUGUAGAUGAAAAGUGGAAGCGAACAGGAUAUUGCGGGCUUGGUCGAGCCGUAACAUCGCUUGGACUCAACACCACCGAAGACGUCGAAAUCGACUUCCUAGCCUCGUCGCUCGGGUCCCUAAACAUGGAUUUACUAUCAGCAAUAUAUUAUUCUGCCCAAGGCGACGAUGGUAUGAAAGAAUACGGGAUAAGGAAUGCCAAAGGCAGAAAAAAUAAGGCUCCGAUGCAAGCUAAGCCCGACUUCAAGAAUAAGUUUCGAAUCUACUUCCCGUCUCGCGAAACUGUGGUGCAAAGUCGGGGCGGCAGGAACGCUGCAGGCACCAUCUGUGUUCAGUCCAAAUGGUGGGAUUCGGCAACAUUUCCUCGUGAACUGAUUCGUGAUUGCAAAAGCGUCAGAUCAGGCCUUCUUAUCCAUAGCAAGCUCAUGCUGGUCCGCCACUCUGAUUUAGACAAGUCAAAAGCUGCGUUCGCCUACGUCGGGAGCGCAAAUUUAUCAGAGAGCGCCUGGGGGCGCCUGGUAAAAGAAAGGGGAACCAGCAACCCUAAGUUAACCUGUCGCAACUGGGAGUGCGGAGUCAUCGUUCCUAUUUCGCCUCGAGAUCCAAGCAAAGACGGGUCUCGACCUUCUAGCGUGUCCGAUUUUAAUGACACUAUCCCAGUGCCGAUGAACAUUCCUGGCGAGGCAUACGGUGACAUAAAGUCGAAACGUCCUUGGCUCUUCCUCGAAAAUUGA